ACUUUGUCGAUUUGGCUUGUCCGCAACUGUAUAUUGAGCAUGACAGACCGCACUCACAGAUGUUAACCAUACAUCAUGUCAAUCCCUCACACGAAGCGAGUCUGUCAGAUUAUCAAGCUCAAGCCAGAGGCUGAGGCUAAAUACAGAGCCAUCCACGCCGCAGUUUGGCCUGGGGUACUAGCUGCGCUUGAGCGGCACCACAUUGCAGACUACUCGAUUCACUAUUAUCCUCCUUUGCAACUGUUGAUUGCGAACUUCAAGUACAUCGGCUCUGACUAUGAGGCGGACAUGAAAGGCAUUUCAGAGGAUCCGGAAACACAGAGAUGGUGGGAGGUGACUGAUGGAAUGCAAGAGAGUUUUCAAACAGGUGCUACAGGCAGUGGAAGAGAUAUUCCUUGGUGGACAGAACUAGAGGAGGUGUUCCGAUUUGAAGGCAGCUCGAUUUAGCUAUGAGUUCGACCACUAACUUCCAUUGUUUUGAUCAUUCUACGACCUCCUGUGCAUUUGUUGUUUCUCGACAUGGCCUUGUGGUAAAGAUGCUUGAACUAUCAGACCUGCCUAAUGCGGUUGUACUUCGAUGCAAUCGUGAGCGUCUGCACGAUAUCCUCUUUACUCGCAUUGCAGAGACCAGAGGGAAAGCCCUUCAAUCGAAAUAAGAUAUGUUUGAACAU